AUUUUCUGAUAUAACAUAACAUGUCCAUAUUUCAUUUAAAAUUUACAAUUAAUUCUCAUAGAAAAAUAUAUAUUUACAAUUAAUCCCUUUGUCACUCAAUCCAAAACAUAGCACAAAAAUCAUUUUUUUGUAACAUCUUUGCCUGUUUGCACAACAAGUGAUCAACUAUGCCUGUGAAUUCUGUCUCACUUUGUUCCAAUCUCUUCCCAAGUGUUGUUUUUUUGUUUUUGAUUACUGUUAGUUUUUCUGCAAGUGAAAUCAGAACGAAUCAAAGACGGGUACCCUUGAAAUCAUUAAAUUCUCCCAGUUUUUCUUCAAAGCUUCGUUUUUUGCGGAAAAGCACUCAAAAUUCCUCUGGAGUUGGUCCUGAUGAUGGAGUCAUAAUUGUGGAUCAUGGGUCACGUCGCAAAGAGUCCAAUCUAAUGCUUAAUGAAUUUGUGGAGAUGUUUAGACACAAAACUGGGUACCAGAUUGUGGAGCCUGCUCAUAUGGAACUAGCAGAGCCAUCAAUUGGAGAUGCUUUUCAAUCUUGCGUUCAGCAAGGCGCACGCCGCGUUAUUAUCAGUCCUUUUUUCCUCUCUCCUGGAAGGCACUGGAGUCAGGAUAUUCCUUCCUUGAGUGCAGAGGCAGCAAAGCAACACCCUGGCGUGUCAUACAUUGUUACUGCACCCCUUGGACUCCAUGAGCUACUUGUGGAUGUUGUGAACGAUAGGAUCAAUUAUUGCUUAAAGCAUGUAGCUGGAGAUGCAGACGAGUGUUCAGUUUGUGCUGGAACUGGAAAAUGCAUACUCCACCAAUGAUUUAUAAAACUAAAUAGAGUUUUGGUGUCCUUAGUAUGAGAUGAAGCUGAAAACCAAAGGAAUCUGUAAAUUAAGCUUCAACUGUUUUGAAGCCAUGACUUCAAGAAGCAGAUUGAUUCUUGUAGAUAAACUUUACUUAGACUUGAAGUAAACUAUCAAUUUCAUCCCU